AUGUUGUCGAGGUUGAUGUCCAACACAUGGUGUGCGCCCUUGAAGCAUGCGCAACGAUUGUUUUCCACGACUACUACAAUGCAAGCUACGUUAAACCAGAUCAAAAGAGGGUCGGGUCCUCCAAGACGCAAGAAGGUGACUACCGCCCCGCAGCUAGACCAAUGUCCCCAGCGAAAAGGUGUAGUGUUACGUGUAAUGGUUUUAAAGCCGAAGAAACCAAAUUCUGCUCAGAGAAAGGCGUGCAGAGUCCGCCUGACUAAUGGAAACGUGGUGUCGGCGUAUAUUCCGGGGGAGGGCCACGAUGCUCAGGAGCAUUCGAUUGUGUACGUGAGGGGUGGACGUUGCCAGGACCUGCCUGGUGUGAAGUAUCAUGUUAUUAGAGGCACUGGUGACCUGAGCGGCGUGGUGAAUAGGAUUUCGUCCAGGUCGAAAUACGGAGCCAAGAAACCAACCAAGUCGUAA